ACGCCAGCACAUUCAGGGAGGAAGGCAUGUAACUUUAGCCGGCACUUGUCGGGUGCCUGGCUCGGCAGACUGCACACGUGGCGUCAGAGGGAGGGGGACGCUCCACUUCCCUGCAGGGAGUGUGAGAAUGGAAACUGGGGCUUUGAAUGACUGAAGGCGGGGCUGGUCUGCCCAGGAAAGUUGUGUAAAGUCCUUUCCAUGCCAAAGUCCCCCCAAGGCAGGGCUGGGCUCUUCAAAGAGGUCCUUUAAAAGCACUGGUUGGGUGGCUGUACAUAGCUCCUGAAUGCUGAGGAUACUUGAGCCGUCGGUUUAAACAGCUCCCCUCCACAGCCAGCCGUCCCUCGCUUUUCUGUCGGACGAAGCUGCUUUUUUGCACAGCCCGGCCGCUCCCAAGGGAGUGCCUCGAGAGGGCGGGGAUGACUUCCAGCAAGAAGAGGUGCCCCUCCAUGGGAAGGAAAGGAGCUGCGAUUGCUGGUGUCUGUGCUGUCGCAGUGGUCGCUGCCUGCGUCGCGCUAGCUGUGUGUCUGACCAUCGGCACGGAGCCGCGCUCAGAGCCAGCGCCCAAGCCAGCCUUCAGCACAGCUGGAGACCUGUUGGAGUAUCUGCUACAGCUGGGGAGCAUUCCCCGAAAGGAUGGGCUGCAUGUCACCUGGUACCACGCUGCAAACAGAAAGAGCGAGAUGGAAGAUGCUUUAAAGAGUGAGGUCAUGGUGCUGGAAGCAGAUAUCAACAUAGAAGGAAACAUGACCCCUAAUGAGACAACCAAGCCCAUCAUGGCACAUCCUCCUGCCAUCUACAGUGAUAACUCUUUCCAGGAGUGGCUGGAUGCCGUCCUGAACUCGUCACACAAAGGGAUCAAGCUGGAUUUCAAAAGCAUCAAAGCCGUUGGCCCUGCUCUGGAGAUUUUACUAAAGAAAUCUCAGGAGGUGGACAUCAACCGCCCCGUGUGGCUGAACGCGGAUAUUCUGGAGGGCCCCAACAUGCUCGUCAACGUAUCACUUAAUGCCAGCACGUUCCUCUCGCUCAUCCAGGAGAAGUACCCGAACUGCACUCUGUCUCCAGGGUGGACGACCCUCUAUUCACCGCUGUUCCCAAAGCAAACCUACACCAGGGCAAUGAUUCAAAAGAUGCACGACCUCAUCGGGGAGCUGCCCCAGAGGGUCACCUUCCCUGUCCGAGCCAUCAUGGUAAGACUGGCCUGGCCUCAUUUCAGCUGGCUGUUGAACCAGUCAGAGAGGUACAGCCUGACCCUGUGGCAGGGGAAGACGGACCCAGUGACGGUGGAGGACCUCCUCUUCAUCCGGGAUAACAGCCGUGCUGAGCAGAUCUACUACGACAUUUAUGAUCCCGUCUUGUCGCAGUUCAAGGAAAUGGCCUUGAAGUCGACCAGGAAGAGAGUCUACUACCCUGGGGGUGACUUACUCGAGUAUUUUCACCCAUCAAACGGGGAUGGCCUUUCCAUAGAGUGGUAUGCGAUGGAGCACAAUGAAAGCAAGACAUCGACAUCGUCCAUGCUUACAGACAGGAGCGGCAUGAUCGUACUGGACGUCACUGUACAAAACGGCACCAGUGGAAAUCUCAUCCCAGUUGCAUCAACAGGCACCCCCUUGGAACAGUGUCUAGAGACAAUAUACAGGAGCCAAAACCCGUGGGGCAUAUUCCUGAAUGUAACAGAGCCAGAUGCACUUCACCCCACGCUGGAGCUCCUUAGUACGGUCUAUGCCAAGAAUCUCUUAUGGAGCCCCGUAUGGGUGAGCCUGGCCGUGUCCUACAGGAGCUUCGACACGCCAGGCUACAUGCACGGGGAAGACUUCCUGCGUGCCAUCAACACCAUUUUCCCUCAUGUCACCAUAGCCCCUUGCUGGCCCAGGGAAGUGCUGACUGAUGGCUACACUGACCUACUGAUAGAAGAUAUGCUCACACUCUGUAAGGGGCUCUGGCAACACGUGUCAUUUCAGCUGGAGGCAGUACUACUCAGUAAGUCCUGGCUACCUACUGCAAAGCUCCUGGAGGCAUCGCCCAGCUACACUGUCACAGUGCAACACAGCUCUUCAGCGGGUAGCAACUGGGAUGGCUUUCCAGGACUUCAGUCUAUCAGUACUCAAGCACAGAAAAGGGUCUAUUAUACCAAGGCAAUACAGAAAUGCUUUCAUGGCAGAUGUCUAACAACUUAGAAUUUCCCUGAAAGUUUGGUACGUGAUUUGGUAAGGUUUUUCCCAAGCUCCAUUGUUGGUCAAACAUCUGUUGAGAUUGGAUCCACACCAUUUUUGUAACAAUGUAACUUGCCUUUAUGUUGGCAUUAAAACAAAAAGAGUGGACAAACA